GGCAUCCUCCUCAUCCUCCUCCACCUCCUCACCAUCCUCAUCUCCAUCUCCUCCUCCUCCACCGUCUCCUCCUCCUCCUCCCCCCGCUCCCACGCCGCCCACAUGGCCGCCACCGUCAUCGCGGCAAUACUCCAGGGCGCCGUCGCGCUCCUCGUUUUCUCGAACACGGGUGCUUUCCUUAGAAGGAUGAGGAGUUACGUGGAGGAGGAGGACGGGGUUGUUAUAUUGAGGAUGGUUGGGGGUUUGGGGGUGGUCGUGUUCGUGGUUGAGUGGGUUGUUUUGGUGUUGGCUUUUGUGGUGAGGUUUUAUGCGAAUGUGGAGGUCGAAGAGGGGAAAAAUGGGAGGGUGGAGAAAUUGGGAAAUGUGAGGAAAGAUUGGCAACCAUUUCAAGUGGUUUGAGGGGAAAAAAAAAAUCUGGGCGGAAUUUAUUGUGAUGUGCUGUUUAAUCGUUGUUAUCAUUGUAUUCGUUUGAUUUUGAUGGUUAUAUAUAGCGUCUUAAUUUAAUGAAGUGAUAUUGUUGUUUCUCAAA